UGGUGGAAACCGGAAAGGCAAGAGCAAGAAAUGGCGCCAGAUGCUGCAGUUCCCCCACAUCAGCCUCUGUGAGGACCUCCGACAAACCCUCGAGCGGGACUACCACAGCCUGUGUGAGAAGCAGCCGAUCGGGCGCAUGCUCUUUCGGCAGUUCUGCGAGACGCGGCCGGAGCUGUCACGCUGCGUCAGGUUCCUGGAUGCCGUGGCAGGGUACGAAGUGGCUCCCGACGAGAAGCGGAAGGAGUGCGGGCAGCACCUGAUCGAAAAGUACCUGAAGACAAAUAGUGAGGAUCAUGUGCCUGAAGUCCCCUCACAGCUGGUGGAUGCCUGUUGUGAGAAGCUGGAGCAGGAACCUUCCAAGGAGCUCUUCAAGGAAUCCACUAAGCUUAUCCACGACUACCUGAGUGUGGCUCCCUUUGCUGACUACCUCGACAGCUUGUACUUCAACCGCUUCCUGCAGUGGAAAUGGCUGGAACGGCAGCCAGUGACCAAAAACACCUUCCGCCAGUACCGUGUGCUGGGCAAGGGCGGUUUUGGGGAGGUCUGUGCCUGCCAGGUGCGUGCCACGGGGAAGAUGUACGCCUGCAAGAAGCUGGAGAAGAAGCGGAUCAAGAAGCGGAAGGGGGAGGCCAUGGCCCUGAAUGAGAAACAGAUCCUGGAAAAAGUGAACAGUAGGUUUGUAGUGAGCUUAGCCUAUGCAUAUGAAACUAAAGAUGCUCUCUGCCUAGUGCUGACCCUCAUGAAUGGAGGGGACCUCAAGUUCCACAUCUACCACAUGGGAGAGGCUGGCUUCAAGGAGCCCCGGGCAGCGUUCUAUGCUGCUGAGAUCUGCUGUGGCCUCGAGAACUUGCACCAGGAGAGGAUAGUGUACAGGGACCUGAAGCCAGAGAACAUCUUGCUGGAUGACCAUGGUCACAUCCGUAUCUCAGACCUGGGGCUAGCUGUGCACGUCCCAGAGGGCCAGACAAUCAAGGGCCGAGUGGGGACAGUUGGCUACAUGGCUCCGGAGGUGGUGAAGAACGAGCGCUACACGUUCAGCCCGGACUGGUGGGCUCUGGGCUGCCUGGUGUACGAGAUGAUCGAGGGACAGUCGCCCUUCCAGCAGCGCAAGAAGAAGAUCAGGCGGGAGGAGGUGGAGCGGUUGGUGAAGGAAGUGCAGGAGGAGUACUCGGAGAAGUUCUCGCCCUGCGCCCGCUCCCUCUGCACCAUGCUCCUGUGCAAAGAUCCUCUGGAGCGCCUGGGGUGUCGAGGAGCUGGCGCCAAGGAGGUGAAGGAGCACCCUCUCUUCAAGCAUCUCAACUUUAGGAGGCUGGAAGCAGGCAUGCUGGACCCCCCCUUCAAGCCAGAUCCCCAGGCCAUCUACUGCAAGGACGUUCUGGACAUUGAGCAGUUCUCCACGGUGAAAGGGGUGGAGCUGGAGCCCACAGACAAUGACUUCUACCAGAAGUUUGCUACAGGAAGUGUGCCCAUUCCUUGGCAGAACGAGAUGAUCGAGACGGAGUGUUUUAAGGAGCUGAAUGUCUUUAGCACAGAUGGCACAGUGCCCCCAGACCUGGACUGGAAAGGGCAGCCUUCUACACAGCCCAAAAAAGGAUUACUCCAGCGCUUAUUCAGCAGACAGAGGACUGUUGUGGAAACUGCAGCGACAGUGAGGAAGAGCCUACCCUGCU